UAGGAGGAGAAGACCGAGUCAGCCCACAAGGAAUGGUACAGACAGGUAGCUGUGGACACUAUACGCGCUCCUGCGCCUGCGUGCAAUUGAAUGAGCUCAUCGCGCGUGUUUUGUUUUAAAGUUUUAAACUAGAUGUCAGUGAAAAUAAGACAAAGCUAUAUCGCUGCAACUAGAAACAGAGUGUAUUAUUGUCACCGUUAUCAAGUUUACGUCAAGAUAAAUCUGCAAGAUACCAUUCGCAGCAGUGAUAACAUUUACCGAUCCUCCCCCCCACUCUCUCUGACCGCCUUCUGCAGAAUGAAGAGUGUAGGUGAGUAGAAAAUAUAGUGGUUCAUGGUAGUUGGCAUGAAUGAGGGGUACGGCCACGUGGUUAAACAACGUGCAUGAUGGUAGUAGUUUUUCAGGAGGACAGCAAUAAUUAAUAAUGGUGUUUACGUUGAUUUAUUGCGCGAGUGUUGCUAGCGGCCAGCAUGAGUGAAGUUCUUGAAAUGCUGCAGUGUUGUUCGAGAUUCGUGUCAGGCGUGAUGAGACUGGUGAGUGCUGUGUAAUUCGAAGUAUAAAGUGAGCGUUUAGGAAAGAGCUUUAUUGUGAGCCGUGUACGCGAUAGGAACUUGAACAAAUAUCUUUUUGCUUGAGUAUUCAAGUGUGCGAAUUGGUGAAGUUUGUUCACAAUCUGGUUAAUAAAAUAACGCAAGUGACUUUCACAUGUCUCCGAUGUGAAGCUGUGUUUGAGACACAUCUUCCUUUUUAACAUAAAUUAGUGAGACUUAAUACAGUGUAUUUAUAUAGAAACUGUGAGACUUGGUUAAUUUGAACGUGGAAAUUAUUUUCUUUAUGCUGCUUUGUUUGUGGUUCUGCUUGCAACGUUGGCCGUACCGUCAAUCGGUGGACCCGUUGCGAUGGGCACAUGGCAUCAUCCCUGCGGCCACUCUGUCAGGGCAGACUCACACACCCACGAACGGACUCGGCACGGCCUCACCAAGCUCCUCAGGGCCGUAAAAACGCAGAUAGGAGUCGCGAAGAAGUAUUUCAUUAAAGAGAAGGAAAACAUGAAUAAGACUUAUCGUCAGGUCAGAGAACUAAAAGAGGAGUUAUAUCGUUACGACUGGCUACCGCAGAAGCAACUGGACUGGUAUCAGAACGGAAUCUGUAGCUUAUCGAAGCCAGCAAGGGUGCAGAAAGUGUUACAGCUUUUUCAUAGCUCUUUACAGAACUUCACGGUCACAUUCGAGGAGCUGAAGAAACUGCAGCGGCCUGAAAAUUACCCAAUGAGCAAUAUGAAAACCAGAAAGAAGGUCAUCAAUGGCAUGGCUGAACUCCUCAUUCAGGUUCUGUGUGAAGUUGAGUGGGCCCUCGAGAGUCUGAACUUAGCUGUACCUGAACGAGUAAAAGAAGAUUUGUUUCCGAAAAAAGAGAAAUGGAAUGCAAACCCAGACAUAACAGGGUUAUUAGUUCAAGACUGGGGAGUUAUCUCAUUGUACAAGAAUUUUCUUGGAGAUUGGCACCUGAUUAUAGACAGAGUCAGCAAGAAAACCGCGUGCAAGAGUUCAGGAAGUGUCAGUAGACGUAAGAAUAAGCCAAAAGUACGCAAGACCGCUAAAUCAGGAUCUUAACUUCAUCAUACUGUCUCGUGCGUGCGACUCAACUGUCGACACUUCCGAUGAGGAAGACAUGAAAGGAGAUGGACAUCGCAUAGCGGCUGUCAAAUGGCUGAAGGUCUGAUGCAGUCACCUCAUCCGCUUCUGUCCAGAAUGGUGACCGUAAAAACGCACAAACUUUAUUGUUCGUAUGACAAAGCAAAUCUCGAAUUUUGAUCUGAUAUUUUAGAUACCUUAAACUGAAUGUUUUCACAGUUAAAGUUUCUUAGUACUAAGUAAGUAUACACGUAUGUUGCGAUCUCAAUUCCGUCCAUCUGCGUGAAUCAGCUAUAUUUUUUAACUUUUACUAGUGACAGACAUUUAAAAAGGUAUUUUAUAUCAAAGAAAUUUAUCCGAAUUUGAAGUAAUGCGUGCAAAUGUGGUGUGAUGCCCUGGAAAUCUCUUUAAUAAUUGGAUUCUAAGCGGUUCUGACGAUGGUGUAUAACACUCGCGGUUACUGAAUUUUUGGACCUUAUCCAUCAUCUGGUAUUCGAAACAAU